CAUAAUGCACUCCCCGAUCAUCAGCGGGAAACCAAAAUGGCGAAUGUGUUGGGGGAAAAUGAACCGUUUGUUAUCUUCUGAAGAAGGCACGAGCCCCGCAAGUUUCCGCGAUAUACUUUGAAAUAAAAACACCGGCGGAAGAAGAAGGACGACAGCGGCCAUUCCUAUUUAGUUUUUUUUACUGUACGAGUCGUUUGUAGAAGCGGAGGUGACCGAAUGAGAGACUCCGGGGUUGUGGAUCACCUGUCUGUCCAUCACAGAGCUCUCCCACAGCGGCAGCAGCAGGCUGUGUCCUUGUCCCCCACAAGCCUCUCUGCUAGGGGAGAGUAUGGAGAGGACAGCAUGUCUGACAGGUUCACAGAGGGACAGGACGUCUUGGCCCGGUGGUCAGAUGGCUUGUUCUACUUGGGGACAAUCACGAAGAUAGAUCGAGACAAGCAGCGAUGCUUUGUGGUUUUUGAGGAUCGGUCCAAGUCUUGGGUUCUGUGGAAGGAUAUCCAGACAGGGGAUGAAGAUGAUGACGAGGAUGAUGACGAUGACAUUGUGUGCUCUAUAUGCCAGGAUGAAACUUCAGAUGAACCCAAUGAAAUUGUCAUUUGUGACAAGUGUGGACAAGGCUACCAUCAGCUGUGCCACUCUCCCAUCAUAGAUGCCUCGGUCAUUGACUCAGAUGACAAGUGGCUGUGCUCAGAGUGUGAGCUCACUUCUAUACCUAAGAGGGGCGGUGCACACAUUAGGGGAUCGUCUGCCAAAGGCUUUCUGCAGCAGCAGCAGCAGCAGCAGCAGCAGCACAUGGAGCUGCACCUGUCCUUCCCAUACGCUCUGGAAGAACUGGUUUGGGAUCAAGGCCAUAAGACUAACAUCCAGCAGUGCUACUGCUACUGUGGAGGUCCAGGAGAUUGGUACCUGAAGAUGCUGCAGUGUAACGGGUGUCAGCAGUGGUUUCAUGAGGCGUGUCUCCAUUGCUUACAGAUGCCCAUGCUCUACGGAGAUAGGUUUUAUCUGUUUAUUUGUUCCGUUUGCCAUGGUGGACCAGAGUACCUCAGCAGACUGCCUCUCAGAUGGGAGGAUGUCGCACAUCUGAGUCUGUACAACUUGAGUGUGAUCCACAAAAAGAAGUACUUUGACUCCGAGAUGGACCUGAUGACUUAUAUCAAUGAUAACUGGGAUCUGCUGCAGCUGGGGGAGCUCGCCAACACUCCCAGAUCACAGCGAUAUGAAAGUGUUCUGGAGGCAUUAAACAACAACAGCAGCAUGUUUAUGUCGGGGAAGGAGGUUAAGAAAAAGAAGCACUUGUUUGGGUUGAGGAUCCGUUUCCCUCCUGCUCCCCCCAACUCUGAUGAGCCAACCAGCAGGGGGAUGGAGAGGGCUUCACAUGAGAUCACCAUCAAGGGAUGCAAGUCCACCAAGGGGCUAUCUGGGAUGAGAGCGUGCAGUACUUUAACUAAUGGCACAGAGAAGAAGAAGAAAAAAAAGAGGAAGCAAGGAGCACGUUCUCUGGCUAAACCACAACGCAGUGAACUCUUGCCCCAGGAAGUAAGAAAGUCUCUACCACUAGAGCCCCACACGUUGGAUCACUUAACCUCUAUCAAGAGUGAGAGGUCUCUGUUGUCUUCAAGAACCUCAGAUGUGGAGUCCACAGGAGCUCUGAGCACCACUGAAACUACCUCAACUAGCAUUUCAAGACAGUCCAGCCUCUGUAGCUCCAGCAAGAUGCACACCACAGCCUGCACCAUGCCUGUUUCCGCUCCACCCUUAAAAAGGAAACGUGGGCGGCCGCGAAGGGCCCUGCAGCCCCCCAACCCAGAGAUCCCCCCUCCUAGUCACGCAGACCCAAACCCCUCAGCUACGGAGAUGCUGAGCCCACUCCCGGGGCUUCACUCCACAGACAUAGUUCACGGCAUGGACCCCAACAGCCAGCUCUCCCACCUCAAGAGCUCCAUCAGCAGCUAUUUCGGAGCAGCAGGGCGGCUGGCUUGUGGGGAAAAGUAUAAAGUCCUGGCACGACGGGUCACCCUUGAUGGCAAGGUGCAGUACCUGGUGGAAUGGGAAGGGGUCACUGCCUCGUAGACCUGACAUCAUCACUUUUAACUUUUAACCAGCGCCUGCAAAAGGUUAAUGGCUGUGCUGAGGACAUGUGUGUACACAGCCUGUAUUCAGAGCAUUAAUUCAUAUAUGCCUUUGUUUAGUUUAGACAGGAGCAAGUUUUGCCUGCUAAGCUCACUGCAAAGCCUACCGGUUCAGUGCACAUUCAAACAUGUCUUUCCCUCAUUUCCUUUAAGAUUAAUUGAUUAAGAUGAGGCAUUGUCAUCAUGCCAUAACAUAUUUGUGUUUUUCUGCCUUCAUUAUUUUCUUUGAAUGUUUACAGCAAACCCCAUUUAUUCAGGGGCAAAUAACUGAUCAUUGAACUGAACCUGUAGGCUUUUAGUGAAUCAUUAUUAUACUUAUUUUUUAAUCCAGUGAUAUGCUUUUCAUUUCCAGAUGAGUUAACUUUGCGACCUACGUUUUUUUGACAGAAUGUAUUUGGUUGGCACUGAACCAUAUAUUUUGCAGAAUAAGAGAAAAAGGGGAUGUUUUGUUCAAAGAUUUUUCAUUAAUUUCACUACUGCAAUCAUGCAAUCAACAAUUCAUGUUUGGUUAACAUUUAUAUUCUUACUAAUCAGGUUUUGAAAAGUCUAUCCCCUCCUUUUCUAGUCCCAGCUAUGAGUACCUCUUGUUGUCUUGGGCAGACAUAUCCUUCAUUUGUGUUUUGUAAAGAGGAACUCAAAACAAAAGAGAUUUGCUGCUGCAAAUGUUUUAUUUUAUAUAGAAUUAUACUACGUUUAUUAUUAACUUUUCCACUUGUACUUUCUCGUAUGCCUUUUUUGUCAGGCGUUUUCUUCUUUUUGUAAAUUAUGGAUUGCACAUAUCAAAUUAUAUGUUAGGUCGUCAUCUCAUUCUGAAUAGACAAUUUGAACUUUUCAGCUCCUAAAAGGCAGCAUUUUCAUCUGUGAUGAUGUUCUUUAAAUCUCUUUCUUUAUUGAUCAUAGCUCCCAGUUUAAAUACAAACGAGAUUAUGAAAAAAUAAUAUCCCCAAAGUUAAAAAGAAAAAAUGGUGUAUAAAUGAUAAAUAUUCAGGAACCCAAGAGGACUAUAAGUAAAUUGUGUCCAUUCAAAAAAAAAAGAAAACCCUAUACAAAUUUUGUUUUCAUAGUAAAGAUUUGCAAUAAGCUCCACCGCCUUAGUCUAAGUGCAUAACCUUUAAAAUAUUUUGAUUUGAAAUUGAUUAAAAUGACUGUUAAAUGUUGACUGAAAUCUUAAAGGACCUAUUUAGAUUUUACUUUGUCUGAUCGUUAUUGAAAUAAAGUGCUGCAUAAGAUGAAUGUCGUUUACCCAGUUUCCACACAUAGAAUUCAUACGUUUUUUGCUUUUUUUUUUUGUUUUGCCUAUGCAAGUUAGUCCUCUACAAACGUGUUGUUUAGCCAUAUUUGGACCAUGCGGCUUAACAAAGUGGAGUUUCAGCAUUAUCUUUAAAAUUAUUGUGAUAAUUUGACUCAGUCAUUUAUUUUUUGUGAGAGGGGUGCAAAAAUGCACUUGGAUUUUGCUUUUACAGUCAAGUUCACCUUGUCUACACACUCAGGAUAUGCCCAAUAACUUCACUGUAUUGCCUAGACCCACAUUUGCAGCGUGACAGCAGGUUUAAGUUAUUUGCUCAGUGUUGUUGGUCAGUAUUUUUAUAUCAGGUCCUCCAUUUGUCACAUUACUUUGGACCAUCUGUAUGUAUGUAUGUAUGUUAGCUUUUUUCUUUCUAUGAGCAAAAUAACUUGUAGUCCAUUUUACUGCUACACUUGUUUAAACUGAGUAAGAAAACAAUCACUGGAAAACUAAUAUGCUGUAAUUCAUUGCAUGAGGUAAAUAUUCAGUUCUCUUUUUUGAGAUGUUUGUAUUUUUUGUUAAAAAUGGACAGAGCUUUUUGACAUUGAUACCUCUUCAUUAUAGGGAUGUAGUCAGUGCAUUUGAAGCUUCUCUCCUCAGUUAAACCAGUGUUCCAGCCAUCAUGUUGCUACCACUGGCUUCCAGCAGGCUUCAGUAGCCAAAGAACAUACAUGUAACGUCUGCUUUGUCUCUUGAGAUUCCUCUUAUUACAUUUUUAUACAUCAUUAUAUAGGUUGACGUGUUACUUCUGAACCUGUUUAGUCAAAGGAUAAAUAAAAGCUGA